CUCCCAAGUCGUCGUUUCGCAGCGGCGAAGUGUAGACGUUAUAUACAUACAGAACAUACAUCGCCAGAGGGAAAGGAGAAAGAGAGGAGGGUACACGCACGGGCGUAUACCCCGUCGACGAUAAGCUCAAGCCAAACGGCAGUCUGGUUUGAGAGAGCCAAGUGUGUAGAAACUGGUCGCACGGCACACGUCUCCUCUCUCUCUCUCUCUCUCCCAUUGAGACGAUCUUUCGCUUUCUCGAGACGUCUGUCUCUUUCUCACUCCCUACCAAUAAUAUUUUGUGUCUGUCCCGUCUGCCUGCUUGUCGUGUGUUUGUGUAUAGCCUCGUCAACGGGAUCACUUGUCAUUCGUGCACGGCAACGCGAUACAAUAUACGCGCUCGCUGUAUAGAAGGAAAAAAAGCGACGAAAGAGGAUAAUCUUGUCGCGUAUUCACCGACGAGUGACCGCGUGCAGUGCCGUUUUUAAUUAUAAAGCACCCAGUGUUGUACUUUAGAGCCGCGACGAAGCGGCUCUAAGAUCCUCUUCGCUAAGAAGAUGGCGGACGUCGAGCUCAACAUCGACAGCCUCAUUCAGAGGCUCUUAGAAGUAUACCAGGCUCAAAAAGAAAAUCAAAAUGAACCAGUUCAGAUUCAAAUUGAGAAACCGAAGAAAGCAAAGUUUAAAGAUAUAUUUUCUUCAGACUCGCGUGUAAGAGGAUGUCGUCCAGGAAAAUCAGUCAUCAUGACAGAAGCAGAAGUGCGUGGGCUUUGUUUAAAAUCCAGGGAAAUUUUCCUCCAACAACCAAUCCUUUUGGAACUUGAAGCACCAUUAAAAAUUUGUGGAGACAUUCAUGGUCAAUACACAGAUCUUCUAAGACUAUUUGAAUAUGGAUGUUUUCCACCAGAAGCAAACUAUCUGUUUCUUGGUGAUUAUGUAGACAGAGGCAAACAAUCAUUGGAAACAAUAUGUCUUUUAUUGGCUUACAAAAUCAAAUACCCAGAAAAUUUCUUCCUUUUAAGAGGCAAUCAUGAAUGUGCAAGCAUAAACAGGAUAUAUGGUUUCUAUGAUGAAUGCAAGCGCAGGUACAAUAUCAAGCUGUGGAAAACUUUCACAGAUUGUUUUAAUUGCUUACCCAUUGCUGCUAUUAUCGAUGAAAAAAUAUUCUGUUGCCAUGGUGGACUUAGUCCUGAUCUCCAGGGAAUGGAACAAAUUAGAAGAAUUAUGCGCCCAACAGAUGUACCUGAUACUGGUCUUCUUUGUGAUUUACUUUGGUCUGAUCCUGAUAAGGAUGUGCAGGGCUGGGGCGAGAAUGAUAGAGGAGUCAGUUUCACCUUCGGCCCGGACGUGGUAUCAAAGUUCCUCAAUCGUCACGACAUGGACUUGAUAUGCCGAGCGCAUCAAGUCGUUGAAGAUGGAUACGAGUUCUUUGCAAAACGUCAACUUGUCACUCUGUUCUCAGCUCCGAAUUACUGCGGCGAGUUCGACAAUGCCGGAGGCAUGAUGAGCGUUGACGAAACUCUCAUGUGCAGUUUCCAGAUUCUGAAACCAUCGGAAAAGAAAGCCAAGUAUCAAUAUGGUGGCAUGAAUGCUGGGCAGACUGGCAGUCGACCAUCGACUCCACAAAGGAACCCAGCUAAGAAAAAAUGACCACCUACGGCCGAACCUGCAUAGCCGAUAACACUGGCGUUCUAAAAUUAUUGUGGAACGCCCUACUACCAAACUCUCAGUUAUGAUUCUUCAAGUUUACAUAAUAAAAUUUAGCCACUUCCUCAAAAAUACAUUUUAUUCAUAUCUCUGCGAGCAUCUUCUAAUUCUACAUUGUUAAUUCAUUGUUACAUUCACUUUGAUCACAUGAAAAGAGUGUAACAGUGUGAGUGGCUUGUCCCUUACAUUAAACUUUCAUCACACUUACUAUUCAUCCAUAAAAUAAUUUUUUAUUAUCUCGCAAUUUAGUUUUAUCAAUUGUCAUGUUUUUGUUUGUAUACAACUUUCAAACUGAUCAGUAAUAUUUGCACGCUUUAAUACUUCGGCCACUGAUAUCUUUUAAUGCAAAAAACGAAUUUACGUUUGUUUGCUUUAUAAAAUAAUUAUCAAAAGUAGUAAACGUAUAUUUUUAUUUAUUUUUAAGUGCAUUUAUUAUGCACAAACGUGACUUUAAUUUUAUUCUUUCGCUCAUUUGUCAUCAUAAUGUUCACCUUUAUCAUCAUUAGAUUUGGAAUUUUUGAUUAUACUUUAAGACUACUGAAGUUCAGUGAUCAAUAUUGCCUUGAAGGUUGUUAGUUUAGUUGAAAAUAUUUUUAAUUAAUAAAUGAUGAAUGUGGUCUUACAGAAAAACAAUUUCGAAGAUAUACUAAGUCUUUAAAGUGCAUUAAUUGAGAAAAUUAUGUAAAAGUUAAAAAAUUAACUCGCAACGUCGCAAAGAAAUGUUCUCAUGAUUCAAAAAUGUGGUAGUAACUAAAUGGUCAAUAAUAAUUAUGUUUACGCUGAUUUAAUUAAAAUAUUGUUGUCAACUCUGCUCUUGUGACCUAUAUGUUCUGUAAGUCCAGCUUUUUUUAAUAAUAUAAGGAAGAAGAUCAUGGGUAGAAUUAUUAAAAUUAACUAUUUUUGAUAUGUUAUUGCUUGAAAUGAUAUGAUUCUUUUAAACUUGAAUAUCAAAACUUUUGAUGAUUUUUCGUCAAAAGAAAUUUUAAUUGUAAAAUAAUUCUUAUAAAUAAAUAUUAUUUAUAUUUUUUUAAAAUACUGCAACGCAAAAUGUGAAACAGAAAUACUGUUGUUUGUAUAAAUUAUUUUGAAACAUUUGAUAAAGGGUGACAGUGGUAAUUGUUCUGUGGGUACUAUCAAAAUUUUCAUCUAAAAUGGCUAGAAUAUUCAGUUAACAAUAGUUGUGAAAAAAUUUCUGGCAGGCUAAUGUAUCAUGUAAAAACUUAUGACUAUCAAUUAAAAAUAAAUGUAUCGAAGAAAGUAAAUGCGAGCUAGAAAGACAAAAGAUGAAAAAGAAUUUUAGUAGAUAUAUUGAAAAUAAUAAAUUGCAUACGAAAAUCAGGGAACGUGAGCAUUAGAAAUAAAUUUGCUUUAUUUACGUUGUUAAGCAAUAGCAUUUCGCAAGAACGACGCAGUCUUCCUUGGAGUAAAUCCAUUAUAUUUAACAAUCAGUUAUACAAGAUCACUCAAAAAUGCAUUUAAAUUUCUGGUACUCGUUGAGUUUUUAUUUUCUUUUAAAAAGUUUUUACUAUUUCUACUAUUGAGAAUUUACGCAUCUUAUCAUUAUUGAUAAACGUAAAAUAAUGAUAUAGUGAAUAUGAACUAUACGUAAAGUACGAAGUAUAAUGUCGUUCAGCAUAUGUUUAAUCUAAUACAUUUUCUAUAACUAGCCACAUCAAUGAAUAAGAUAAUAUUGUUGUGUGCCUUGUUCCCUGAUGAUGCGAUUGACUGUAUUCUGAAAGAAGAAAAGUCUAGAAAAGAACAGAAAAAGAGAUGUAUAGAAAAUAAAGUAUAUACGAAGAAAUUACGUAAACGAUAUUUUUCCAUUGUAAUAAACUGUAAUUGCAACGUAUUAAUUAUCUCAUGCCUUUGAAAAGUUCACUAUUUUGUAGUUUCAAUGAAAUCGAAAAAGACAAUGUGAAUUACAACUAACAGGUGGAUUCAUUAUAGAUUUUCGUAAUGUAAAAGUCAUGCUGAGAUUAAUGUCUCAGUAUUUCAACUAGACGAGCGAUAACUGUCACAACUAUAAAGCUGUCUGUAACAUUUUUCGGACUUGUCUACACAAUUUAGUAAAGUCGUCAAAAACUCAACAAGUUGAUGUGAAAUACAAAUCAUGAUACUUACUAAAUAAUAACGUCAAAAUUAUUGCUUCUAAAGUUUCUUUCAGUGAUUGACACGUAAAAUUGCGUAGGUUGGACUUUAUUUAGAGUUAUAGGUGUAUAGUUCAACUUUAUUUGAUAUAUUAUUUUUAGAUUCAAAAGUCAAAAAUAAUUUUUGAAUCGUAUAUCUAAUUAUUUCAGUGCAAUUAUUAACGACUAUAUGUUGUCGACAUUUUUCGAUAAAACAUACUCGUUUUUUAUAAGUUGGAUUAAUUUUUUUCAAGAAUCUUCAAUAACAUUUUUUUCGUACUGAAUUAGACUAAAAUGAAAAGUGAAACUAGUUACUGAUAAAUUAUAAAAAGACAAUUUUCGAAAAUCAAUCAUUACGGAGUAGAAACGUGAGACUAUAAAAUUAAUUUAAAAAGUAUUAUUAAAAAGAGAUUAAAUGAAUUUGAAAAAUGCUGCAAUUAGCUGUGAAAAAUUUUAAAUGAAUUUACAAGUCAUAAAACUAUCGCGUUUGAAAAAUGCAGUUGAUAUGUUUGAAUGUGUGAUAUAUAAAAAGACGUGCUCACUGCGGUUUAAAAAACAUUACAACCACUUUCUUUUCAGUAAUAAUGAAUUUAAAAAAAUAACAAAACUUAAGUCAUAGGCUGUCUAACACACUAGAAUUGCGAAGAAAAUAUAAAAUUGAAAAAUACCGAUGAUAAUCGCGUUGUAGCUGAAUGCAUUUUUAAUUUUUGUUAAUAGUUUAAUCCGCGCGUAGAGUAUUAAUAGAAAUUUAAAUAUUUUGUCGUAGAGAGACUUAAUACGAAUGAGUUGAGAUUUCUAAAGAUUGAAAAAUGUGAAAUGUAAAAAAUUGCGAGAGUACGUGAACUGUUAUACUUCGUGAAAUGCAAAAUAAAGUGUGUAAUGAGAAAGUCAAUGGUGUAUGAAUAUCCUCAUGAUCUAUCGUCUUUGAGAUAAAAAUUGAAUAAACGUG